GCAGAAGAAAAGACGCUCUACUUGAUGAGAGAGAGACAGAGACUGAGUCGACUGAUCGAUAAGCCCAGCCUUGUCUCAGGAGACGUCGAAGCAUCAGAGGAGAAACAACGUUUGCAGUUACCGGAAUGGAGCUGGUCCUGGGGUUAUUAAUGAUUUUAUCCUUAACGGAAUACACAUCAGCCUCGUCAGACCAAUACGCAAGAGCGGUGGACUUUCUGAGUAGAUAUGGAUACCUUUCUCCUCCCGAUCCACGCACAAGUAAACUGCAGACCAAAGAGGGGAUCGAGAAAGCUAUUCGCGUCAUGCAGAGAUUCGGAGGGGUCCAGGAGACCGGGCAGCUUGACGAAGAAACCAUCAAACUCAUGUCUACGCCACGAUGUUCUCUGCCUGAUGUUAUUGGAAGUGAGGACAUGCUGAGGAAGAGGAGGAGGAGGAAAAGAUAUGCCCUGUCAGGCCUUAAGUGGCACAAGAAAGACCUCACAUGGAGCAUCGACAGCUACCCAACACCCUCAACCUCUCCCAAUCUGCCAGACCAUUUGGUGGACAACAUUAUGUUUUAUGCCUUUAAAGCCUGGAGUGACGCGGCUCCCUUGGAGUUCCGUAAGGUGUCCAGUGACAAAGAGAGAGACAUCAGAGUGUCUUUCGCGCAAAAGCUCCACAAUGACGGGUACCCUUUUGACGGCCGCGGUGGCACCCUGGCCCACGCUUUCUUCCCUGGCAUGGAUGAAGUGUCGGGUGACACACACUUUGAUGAUGAUGAGAUCUGGAGCUAUGGAGGUGACAGCAGCGCCACAGACUUAUUCACAGUUGCAGUGCACGAGUUUGGCCACGCGCUGGGCCUGGCUCAUUCCUCCUCCGAUCCGUCCAUCAUGAGGCCGUACUAUCAGGGUCCCGUGGGACGCGUGGACAGUUUUCAGCUGGCAGUGGACGACAUGCUGGCCAUCCAGCAGCUUUAUGGUGUGAAGGAUUCUGGGCGACCAGGUGGCGUUGAUCCGGAUCUCCCCCGCCUUCCCACUCAACCUCCCCCAAAAGCAACACAGCAUGCCGAUCCCGCAUUCGCUGAGAGAUGUCAGGGAGGAUUUGAUGCGAUAGCAAAUAUCAGGGGAGAGGUCUUCUUUUUUAAAGGUGCACAGUUCUGGAGAAUCAGGAAAGACGGCUCUUUGGUGUCCUUAAAUCCGGCCCUGAUCAAAAACUUCUGGUUUGGCCUUCCACAGGGAACCAACAAGGUUGACGCUGUCUACGAGAGGCAGAGUGACAGCAUAAUUAUCUUCUUCAUUGGCUCUCAGUACUGGCUCUUCAAAGACACGCAAGCCAUGGAGGGGUACCCUCGCCCCCUCUCUGAUUGGGGCAUGACGAAGAGUGACGGGACGGCAGUGGACAGAGUGGAUGCAGCCUUCACCUGGGCCCACAACGGCAAGACCUACCUGUUCAGCGGAGGGCAGUUUUGGAGAUUUGACGAGAGCCAGAAGGAUCAACGGCAGGUCAGGCAGCCGGAUACGGGCUACCCACGAGACAACAGCCUCUGGGGAGGAAUGCCUACCCACAUGGAUGAUAUCAUAAGCUGGGGAGAAGGCGAUGCCUACUUCUUCAAGGACAACCUCUACUGGGUGGUCCAGAAAGGAAGACUGAACGAAGAAUAUGCCACACCUAAAUCCACUGCAGUAGACUGGCUCAGGUGUCCAGCUCCUCUGACGCCCACAACAGAAAACCCUAAGGAAUGCAACUGUGGCUUCAACAGAUCGUCUCCGGUGCUAACAAGCAGCUGGCUCCUCAUGGCCUCUCUUAUAUUGGUAAUCAAUGAGCUUAAUAGGAACCUCAAAUUUGCUUGAUUUGUCGUUGAAACCCGAGCGGCUGCUUUGGCUCUGCUUCGCUCUUUCCGCUGGGAGUGGGGAGAGACUAUCUGCAUUGUCAAACACUGCCAGAACAUCACAGCCCUGGCCUACGUCAUGCAUUUUAAAACGUUUGUGUUCGAGGAAUUUAGUAGAAGGGAUGUUUUAUUGUACAUUGUUUUAUGAGAGCCCACCGUUGACCCAGAAAAACAUUUACAGUCUCUUAUUGUCAUAGAAUGCCCUUGGAUUUUACGAUCUCUUUUUCUAGAUUAAUUCCUGGAUUGCUGGAAAUUGGUCACCAUAAUCUAGCAAACAGAAUCUGCUGCCUCAUAACAACACUCUGACGUUAGGAGUGCAAACAAGGAACACGGAAAGGAAAAGGACCUUAUCAGCAAUAAUCAGUUUGUUUAUUAUGCUCUUUCUCAGGAUUUGUCAUGUGUGAAUGAGGUUACAUCCCUACAAUCCAGACAGAAAUAUGUGUUGCUGAAGUACACUUGCAGGAAGUGCAAAUUUUUUUAAAAAAUAUUUUUUAUAUUUUUUAUCAGGAUUUCAAACAUGUACAUAUUUCACAUUAGUGUUAAUUACUAACAUAUUUUAUCGUUAAAUUUGAUUGUUUUUUUUUGCUCAGGUUAAGAUCUGUGUGGUUACAUCUAUGCACUGUAGCUUGCAUCAUUAAAAUGUGUCAAUCUUU